UUCACGAGGGACAAAAGAAGAGGCACGCGCGGUCACGUGCACGUGCGUCAGCGCCAGGCGAAGCAGGCGCAUUCGAACAGAAGGGGGCUCGCGAGCGCACAGGUACCAUGCAGGGCUACGCGAGCAUGCUUCUCGCCGUGUUCGUGUCCCUGUUCUGCGUCCUCUACACGGCGCCUCUAGUGCACACAGCGGCGCACGUAAUUUCCCUCGCCCUGGUCGUCGUCGUCGUAUCGCACUACGCUACCAUCUGGCUGCUCAAGACGCUCACCUACAAGGCGGUCCCGCCCAAGGGCAAGAUCGUCGUCGUCACGCGAUGCGACAGCGGCUACGGCAACAGACUCGCUCUGGAGCUUGACCGACGAGGGUUCACGGUGGUGGCCGGCUGCGCGAGCGAGGGAAGUCCCGGCUCUCGGCAGCUCAAGCAGCAGCGCAACAUCCACGUGGUCGACAUGGACGUCACGCAGGCCGAGUCGCUCGCCGAGUUCGAGAAGCACGUGCGCGCGCUGUGCAAGGGCGACAGCCACCUCUGGGCCGUCAUCAUCAACCUGAGCGUGGUGUCUCUCGGCGAGCUGGAGUGGUACGACGACGACGACAUGCGCUGGACCUACGAGGUGAACGUGCUCUGCGUCGCGCGCGUGGCCAGGGUGUUCCUGCCGUUGCUGCGCCAGUCACCGCAUUGCGGCCGGCGAUUCGUCAUCGUGAACAGCGUGUGGAGCCGCAUGGCCGUUCCGGGUACCGGACCGUACUGCAUGAGCAAGUACGCCGUACGCUGCUUCACCGAGGUUCUGCGCCGCGAGCUGCUCAAGUUCGGCAUCUACGUGGUUGGCAUCGAGCCGAACCUGUACCGGCUGCCGCAGACAAAACCCAGUUCGCUGCUGAAGUCCUACAAGUACAUGUGGGACAAGCUCCCUGACGACGUCAAGGAAAUCUAUUCCAGGGGAUACGCAGACGAAAUGGAGGACAACAUCCGGCGAACAAUAGCGAAAGAGCCGGACCCGAUUGUUUUAGACGUCGCCAAGAAAAUGCUGGACUCCGUGCAAACGGCGUAUCCCAGCAAGAUCUACCAGCCCGACCUGUUGAGCUGGAAGAUUCUGUAUGCGGGAUUUCGUCUGCUUCCUGACGAAAUCACCGAUUUCUUGUUCACAAAUAUUUCUGGACUUAUGAAAGCUUGAUUAAAACGGUUCUACGUGUUUGUGCCGAUUGAACAAGGUGCUUUUUCUGUAUG